UUUACAUAUGCAAUUUUCUCCGAUUGGGGGUGGAGCGUGAGAUGGCCGCGCCGCCCGUCUCCGGCGAGGUGGAGCUCGCGCGGGCGCGGUGCCGCGAGCUGCGGGACCGCAUCGCGGCGUCUCCCUCCCUGCCGCGGCGGCCGGCGCUGCGGUCUCUGCUCCGCCUCGUGGCCGCCGAGCUGCGGUUCCUCGACUCGAGCCGGCCGGAGCCCGCCGCGGGUCGGCCGCUGUCGUCCAACCUGCCCCACCUCGCGGCCCUCCACCUGGUGCUGGAACACCCGGCCGUGCGGUGCCCGUCCCGCCUUGCGCCGCUCCCGGGGGUCGACUUCGCCUGCGCCUUCCGCGGCCGCCCCGCCUGGGCGCUCCUCUCCGCGCGCAACCCGUCCAGGCUCGCGUGGGCCGCGGCGCCGCCCGAUGGCCUCCGCGCCCGGGUCGCGGCGGUGCUGGAGUCCGCGCGCGGGGCGCCGCCUGCCACCCGCCCCGAGAAGCUGCUCCUGGUCUUCGCCCGCGGCGUCGGCGCGGACCCCGCGAGGGGGCUCGCGGAGGAGUUCGGGGCCGUCGAGAUCGACUUGCUCGCGGAAUUCGUCCGCGAUGCCGACCAUGACGAGGAGGAGGGGUGGGUUAGCGUGAGCUUCCUCCCAAACGAGGACAUGAGGAGCUUCAGGGCGUUCGAGAUUGACGUCGCGGAAGGUGGUGGUGAGGUGUCGUCACCGCUACCGCGACUGCUGCCGUCGCCGGAGAUGGAGGUGACGGAGCACGGUGGGAAAAAAUUGGACGGCGGGUUUAGUAUCUUCAUGGGGAAGAUGAAGAUGGGAUCGAGGGAGCUGGUGAAUUUGGACACCACGGCUCUGGUUGCAAUAGUGUCAGGGAUCAGCAAUGGUGGUGUGGAAAGGCUAAUGAGUAUACCGGAGGCAGAGACGAGGGCAAGGUUCAAGUGCAACUACAAGUUCGUCAUGGAUCAGGCACAUUCUGAACUCCAGUAUCCAAUACUUGUUGAGCUGGGAGAUGCAGUGGAUGGAAAGAAAUGUAUCAUAUGUGAAACUGUUAGCUCUGAGUUUAAAGAAAUUGUUACAAUGUGUGGUGGGCCUGAGGAACAAAUAAGAGCAAGUCAAUUACUGAAGCAGCUUAUAGUUGUCCCAGACAGUCCAUCGGCCCGUAUGAUGGACCUGCCGACGACAAGGAAGCUUGCAAUGAAGAACAAGGUUGUUUUCGGUACAGGUGACCAUUGGCGUGCUCCUACUUUGACUGCUAAUAUGGGGUUUGUUAGAGCCGUUUCACAGAGUGGUAUGCCUCUGUUGACCAUGGAGCACAGACCUCGUGCACUGAUUGGCUUGUGACAGGCUGACAGCCUAUUUUAGGUUUUUGACAGCCCAAUUUUCCAUUGUAAAAGUGCACUGCACUUGUAGGUUGCGCUAAUGGCACUCCGGAGGAUGUUCGUUGUUCCUAGAGCUGCGGUUCAGUUUUGUAAUCCUACUUAAUUUUAAGUAUUGUACAGCAGUUAAACACACGAUGGCAGUAAUGCAGCAUCAGCAGUUUACCACAGUAUCA